AUGUUGGAGUUGUUGAAAGAGAAGAAAUCAUAUGCUAAGUUAUCUAAGUGUGAUGGUAUUGCGGUUGAUUCUUCAAAGGUUGAUGAUAUGUUUGAGUGGGAGACUCUGAAGUCUAUUACAAAUAUUAGAAGUUUCCUUGGGUUAGCUGGUUAUUACCGCAGAUUCAUAGAAGUUUUUUCGAAGUUGGUAGUUCCUUUGACUCAGUUGACUCGAACGGGUCAAGCGUGUGUGUGGGAUUUUGCUUGUGAAUGGAUUUUUGUAGAACUCAAGAAAAAGUUGACGACUUAUCCAUUUUUGAUUCCUUCGAGUACAACCGGACCUUUUGUUAUGUAUUGUGAUGCUUCCAAGAUGGGUCAAGGUGGUGUGUUGAUGCAGAAUGGACAAGUUCUUGCUUAUGCAUCACGACAACUUAGAGUUCAUUAG